AUGAAGCUGCUCAUCAUCUUCAGCUUUGUUACUCUUACCGCUUGGGCCUUGCAUCCCCUCCCCCCGCAGGACCAAGGGGACCAAACAGUCAUUACAGUCAACGAAUUAGCUGAAGGCACCAAUGACGACAACUUCUACGGUACCAACCCCGUGGAUGGAUGCUGGGAGACCCUCGACUGCUCCCUAACCGAAAUCGAAGCCAUGUCUAUGCCCAGCCGGCUCGAAUUUGUCAAGUACAUGAGCACCUGGCGCUUGGAUGUGUUGCAGUCUUCGGAUCAAUUCCACAUCUUUGAAGCGACCAUCGCCUUCUUCAUGAGGAAGGAUAUCGGUACCCCGGGUUCGUGGUUGUCACUUGUGCAUGCUGCACUUUUUCGAUCAAAGGAAGCAUGGGAGGCUUACGGAUCGGAGUGUAUGAUUGCCCUUCCCGCUCCCCCCGCUUGA